AUGGGUUUAAUGCGGUCCAUGCUUCCAAAUGCAAAGCAACUCUUCAAAUCACAAUCUAUGAAGAACAAAAACGGAUCACCAUCAUCAACAACAACUUCAGGGCUUGUUCCUAAAGGUCACGUAGCCGUUUAUGUUGGGGAAAGAAUGGAGAAGAGAAGGUUUGUGGUUCCAAUAUCUUACUUGAACCAUCCUUUGUUCAGAGAGUUUCUUAAUCGUGCCGAGGAAGAAUUCGGAUUUCAUCACCCAAUGGGUGGAUUGACGAUUCCUUGUCGAGAAGAGUCGUUUCUUCAUCUCAUUACUUCUCAUCAGCUGCGUUGA